UAAAACUCAACAAACAAAAACCUCUUCCUUCUUCCAAGUCUUGUUCAAUUCAACCAUCUGUCAAACCCCAGCAAAAUCCUCCAAGUAAUUCUCAAUUUCCAUUUUAGGGCUUUCUUCAUCAUCGAUUAUUUCUUCAAUUCCUUCAAGGGUUUUGCUCCUGGUCUUAACUUUGUACCAGUUCAAUAGAUUUUGAUUUUAGGCCUCACGUAUGAGCUUUGAUGGCUGACCAACCUAAUUUUUCUGCUGGGUACUCUGUUGGAAUUAGUCCCUCCACCCCUGAGGCACAAACACGUAGACCCGAUAACAAAAUAAGUCCUCCUCCAUUUACUCCAUCUUCGGGUCCCAGAUUUGUAACACCGACUAUACAAACAAACCCAGUACCUCCCCCUUCUGUAAGAAGUUCACAAUUGCCUUUACCUGGAAAUGGCGCUAGAACAGGAAGUCCUGUUCCCCAUUUGAGCACACCACCAGGACCUCCUGUAUUUUCUUCACCGGUUCAACCUGCUGCUGUGCCAUUUCGAACAUCUCCAUCAACCCCUCAACCAGUUGCGUUUUCUGCAACUCCAUCUUUGUCCGCUACACCACCAUCAAAUUAUUCAGAUGGGGCAAAUGACUUACAGCGUCAUGUGUUGAGUGAUGCAGAGGACAUGACAUCUCUUUCUGAAGCACCAAAUGUUCUACUUUCAGCACGUAAGGUACUGAAACAAAAGAAACUCAUGAAUGUACCCAGCUUGGGAUUUGGGGCAUUGGUUUCUCCUGGACGGGAAGUCUUACAUGGUCCUCAAAUUGUUCAUCGGGAUCCUCAUCGUUGCCAAAAUUGUGGAGCUUAUGCAAAUCUUUAUUGCAACAUCUUGCUAGGAUCAGGGCAGUGGCAAUGUGUAGUAUGCCGAAAUCUGAACGGAAGCGAAGGUGAAUACGUGGCCUCCACAAAAGAAGAACUUCUUAAUUUACCAGAACUAGCAUUUCAAAUGGUUGAUUUUGUUCAAACUGGGAAUAGAAGACCUGGUUUUGUUCCUGUCUCUGAUUCCAGAAUGUCAGCUCCUAUUGUUCUUGUUAUAGAUGAUUGUUUAGAUGAACCACAUCUUCAACAUUUACAAAGCUCCUUGCAUGCAUUUUUAGACUCACUUUCCCCCACAACAAGAAUUGGCAUCAUAUCAUAUGGAAGCGUGGUUUCAGUUUAUGAUUUUUCUGAAGAAUCAGUUGCAUCUGCUGAUGUUUUGCCAGGUAACAUUUCUCCCAGUCAAGAAUCGUUGAAACAACUUGUUUAUGGAACUGGGGUUUAUUUGUCACCUAUUCAUGCUUCAUUGCCCGUGGUACAUUCAAUAUUUUCAUCUUUGAGACCAUAUAAGCGGAAUCUUCCUGAGGCUUCUAGAGACCGCUGCAUGGGGGCUGCGAUAGAGGUUGCAUUAGCAAUUAUUCAAGGACCAUCAGCAGAGAUGUCACAAGGGGUUCUGAGAAAACCAGGAGGUAGUAGUAGAAUUAUUGUAUGUGCCGGGGGACCAAACACAUGUGGGCCCGGAUCAGUCCCUUAUUCUUCCAGUCAUCCAAACUAUCCCUACAUGGAGAAAAAUGCAUUAAAAUGGAUGGAAAAUUUGGGCCGUGAAGCUCAUAAACGUAAUACAUUAAUUGAUAUCUUAUGUGCGGGAACGUGUCCGCUUCGAGUUCCUAUUUUACAACCUCUUGUAAAAGCUUCUGGUGGGAUCUUGAUUCUUCAUGACGAUUUUGGGGAAGCUUUCGGUGUGAAUCUUCAAAGAGCAUCUAAUCGAGCCGCAGGUUCUCAUGGUUUGAUGGAAAUACGCUGUUCUGAUGAUAUAAAUGUUUCGCAAGUUAUAGGCCCAGGGGAGGAGGCACAUUUGGAUAACCAUGAAGUUUUUAAGAAUGAUAAUUCAGUUUCAAUACAAAUGCUAAGUGUGGAAGAAACACAAUGUUUUGCAGUGUCAAUGGAAACACGUGGAAACAUUAAAAGUGAUCAUGUAUAUCUUCAAUUUGGAAUUCUGUUUUCGAAUCUAUACCAAGCGGAUAUCACAAGGGUGAUUACGGUUAGAUUGCCAACAGUAGAUAGUGUUUCGGCUUAUCUUGAAAGUGUUCAAGACGAAGUGGCGGCAGUGCUUAUUGCUAAAAGAAGUCUCUUACGGGCCAAAAGUUUUUCAGAUGCAAUUAGUGUCAGGAAAACCGUAGAUGAAAGAAUUAAAGAUAUCACCAGUAGAUUUGGAUCCCAAAUGCCAAAAUCAAAACUUUACCAGUUUCCGAAGGAGUUGUCGUAUAUACCUGAGCUUUUAUUUCAUCUUAGGAGGGGUCCACUUUUGGGUAGCAUUCUUGGUCAUGAGGACGAGAGGUCGGUUUUGCGGGAUAUAUUUUUGAAUGCAUCCUUUGAUUUGUCUCUUCGAAUGGUGGCCCCUAGAUGCCUUAUGCAUUGUGAGGGAGGCACUUUUGAGGAGCUGCCAGCUCAUGACCUUGCAAUGCAAUCUGAUGCAGCUGUUGUUCUCGAUCAUGGGACUGAUGUCUUCAUUUGGUUGGGUGCUGAACUUGCUGCACAGGAUGGAAGAAGUGCAGCAGCAUUAGCAGCCUGCAGAACGUUGGCAGAAGAACUGACUGAGACAAGGUUUCCAGCUCCUAGAAUUCUCGCAUUCAAAGAGGGCAGCUCUCAGGCCAGGUAUUUUGUGUCUCGGCUAAUACCUGCACACAAGGACCCUCCCUAUGAGCAGGAAGCAAGAUUUCCACAGCUUAGAACUUUGAGUGUAGAACAAAGGACAAAACUGAAAAGCAGUUUUAUUCACUUUGAUGAACCAAGCUUCAGUGAAUGGAUGCGUAGUCUCAAAGUAUUAGCACCUGAACCAAGCUAAGCUUUCUGUUUUUGGCAAGGCAGACUGGCUAAUGUCAAAACCAGUUGCCGACAAAUAUCCAAGUUUCCUUCUUCUUUUUUUGGACAAUCGAACACAUCAUUUAGGAUUUGUUUUAUUUUUGUUCACAUUGAAUAUGGGUGCUGAAAAGCAGCAAUGAGGAAAUAAUCUGGAAGAGAAAAGAAUGAAAAUUUAUAGUUUACUUUUAUGGUUCAA